GAGAGAUAAUUAGAAAGGAGUGAGAAACACAGUUAGAGAGAGAGAUGUGUGACAAACUCAGUCCGGUCGGCGACGAGAAACAGAGUACGAGAACAUCGAAUAGGAUCAAGAAGCGGAAACACAUGGAAUCAACUUCCAUAUACAAGUCUCCUUCAAAUAUUCAAACGUCUCCUUCAAAUAUUGAAACGUCUCGUAAGCACAGAAAGAACAACAAAAAGCUCAAACAGAGCAAGACAAAGGGAGCUGAUGCGACGCCGUCUAAGGAGAAGAAGAGAGCGGAGACUGUGGGAGGAGAGAAAGAAGAAGAGCAUUACGACACCGUUGCGGCUUACCUCUUUAACUCCGCCAACGACAGCACAAUCUCUUCGAUACUCCCUUACUCCUCUUCCGCUGAGUUAGACUGCGACGGAGGAAGGAAUCAUUCUCCGUACGAUCGUCAGGAUCACGGGUCGUCUUCUUCUUCUUCGCUUCUAAGGACGGCGAUGAAGAAAGGAGCGAGCAAGGAGGGAGAGACGACGGAGGAGCGGUGGGUGAGUUAUUCCGAGGUUGUGGAUGAGGUGGUGAGUCCGAGCGGAACUCCACGGUGUUGCGGCGGAGAUGGAAACGAGGGACGGUCUUCUCUGGCUCUGAAGCUUGAUUAUGAGCAGAUCAUGGAGGCUUGGUUGGAUAAAGGUACUCUUUAUGUUGACGGAGAACCGCCGCAGACGGUGCCGGACUUGCAUACUUCCGCUGACGUGUUUACCAGCGGUGGAGAGGCAUUAUGGGCGGUGCCGAAGAUGGAGACAAUGGAGAGGUUAUGGAGAGGGCAUAGGGAAGCUAGUUUGCUUCGGUAUAAAGAGAAGCGGCAAAGCCGCUUUUUCUCUAAGCGGAUUCGAUACCAAGUUCGUAAGCUCAACGCUGAGAAACGUCCUCGUAAUAAAGGCCGGUUCGUGAAGAGAGAUGAUUUAUAGACCACUGAAAACUGGUGGUUUAGACUUGCGGUUUGUGGACAUACUACUAGUCUUUUCGAAAUAACCAAGCGGCGGAUGUUUGGUACGUAGUAUAAUAUUAGAGACGUUAGGGCCGAACUGGAUUAUACCGAGAUAUGAAAGGUGUUGGUCUGUAUAGGGGUACUGACCAGCUCGGUUAUGCAGAAGUUUUCGGUUUGUUUCCCCGUUUUAGUUCUAUUAUUAUAGAAAACUUUUAACUAAUCUGUACCAAAUCAUCUGAACAAAUAAUAAUAAUGAAAAUGGAUAUUGACGUUUAGAGA